CUCAAGCAGCAACUUUCGCUUUGAUACCAGCCAGAUUGUACACACAUCAUCUUUACGAAUGAAAAACCAAACGGAACUAACAUGGUGAAAGAACAACUUAAUCCAUUGGAACGGCAAGAGUAUUCUUCCUCAAACACCUCAACAAACGGUAUAUGUCAACGCCAGCGACAGUGGAUGGGGCUGCAGCUUACAGCACAACAACAACAACAAACAAACCGCAUUUGGUCAUUGGACUCAUUAAGAAGCACAAAUGCCGAUCAAUUGGAGAGAACUCAAAGCAGCAUUUCUUGCACUGAAAACCUUUCCAGAUCUUCACAACAUGCGGAUCCUGAUCAAAACGGACAAUACAACCUCCAUGGAUUGUAUGAUCAAACAAAGUGGAACCCGCUCACUUCCCCUUAUGGAAUUAGCAGCCCAACUCUGGAAAUGGUGCCUUCAACGUGGCAUUACAAUUCAAUCCAAUCAUAUUGCAGAAAUCAACAAUACCACGGCAGAUUACGAAUCUCGCCGCCUCUACCAGAAGAACAAUUGGAUGAUAAAUCGAUCAACCUUCCUGAAUCUUCAAAAAUAUCUGGGACCAAACGACGUAGAUCUGUUUGCAGACCAGAUAACGAAACACUUACCAAAGUACGUAUCUUAGCUCCCGGACUCGGGCAUUCUAUUUACCGACGUAUUCAGUAUCCCUUGGAAUCAAUUUCGACAUCCAUACCUGAACACACCGUGGAACUUGGUCAGUCGAUGUCUUCAGAAAAUUGUACAGGAGAAGCUAUAUCACGUCACAAUGAUAACUCCCUGGUGGCCCAGCGCUCUCUGGUUUCCAACGAUACAAUCUCUGAGCAUCAAUUCACCUUUACUGCUCUACCAAUCGGUGAUCGUUCUUCCAUCACCAACAGCCAUCUGGCCAAUGACAAACAAUACCCGGAAACUCGCCGUUUGGAACUUAUCUGCUCGAAGUAUCAACAGUCUCAUUUGAAUGCAAAUGCCCAAGCAGUUCUUAUCAACCAUCGUAUACAAGACAACUCAACCAAUAACUCCUAUAAACCAGGUCAACUUUUGUUUCUUAAAUGGUGUAUUCAGAAACAAAUUUCACAACAAUUUUUCACUUCAACCGAUUUGAUAAAUUUUUUGAGUCACAUGCACAUUCAUCACUCCACCAUUCAACUUUUUUCUUAACGUCGACCAUCCUGCCAGGAUAGUAUUUUCUUUAUCAAAUCUUCACAGCCCGACAAAGUUCUCAGUCCACGCACA